AUGGCAGAAGAGCCAUCUCUCCCCUGCCUUCCGGCAGUCUCGUGGGAUGAGAGCUCUCAAAGCUUUAGCAACAAUUCCCGAAAGCGUGUCCGCCACCCACGCUCGGGCGGUCUUUACAACUCCAGCGACCCGGCUGUCUUCUCCAGCGACGACGAUCCUAGCCUAGACAAUUAUGUGGAAGGCCGGAAGAAGAAGCGAUAUGUAGGCUCGUGGUUUCAGCAACAGCCCACGUCGUCCGACUCGACCUUUAGUGAGCACAUGAUUCUACCGAAGCCAAAGCGCAAACUGGCACGCCAGUUUGACAGCGGUGUCUACCUGGGGAGUGAUGGCACUGAGGGGGAUGACUUGGCCUCUGAGGUCUUGGAGAUGCCUCUGCAAUCCAAGUUGCCUCAAUUAACUGAGCGACCACAGCCGCUGAUUCCCGCCGUCUCCAAAGCGGAGCUGCUGGCCAGGGAAAAGAUUCAGUCUUGUCUCGAGCAAGGAGAUGAAACAAUUGACCUCUGGUCCAUGGGAUUGGAGGAGAUGUCCAAGGAGACUUUUCAUCCCCUCGAGAACUUUUCGUGCAUUCCCGUGGUGGCCAAGGACGUUGCGUUUGAGCAAAAGGAUCCAGAACUGAAGAUUUACUUGACCAUGAACCGGCUACGACUUAUCCCGGGAACAUUGUUUGAUCUCCAGUACCUCAUGAUUCUAAGCUUGCGAGGCAAUAAAUUGACUGAGAUUCCGCCGGCGAUAGCAAAGUUGCGGAAUCUAAAACAGCUCAAUGUUUCCCAGAAUCGCCUUCGGUCCCUUCCAGCCGAGCUUCUAGACCUCUUUGGCAAGAACUUGGGAGAUCUGGUCCUGCAUCCGAACCCAUUUUUUGAACCCGAGAGGCAGUUACACGCCGAGGGAGACGAAUCUUCCGAGCAGUCGGCGCAGCCCCUGCUAACACGGCAUCUUGGCCGAUCACCUCUGCAGAUUUCCGACUCAAUAGGACAAGUCUUGUCGGAAUUCAAGAUUCCAUCUUACGAGGAAUCAAACAAACUGGCCGUGGCAUCUGGAAUUCAUCUCGACACCGACACAACCGGCCAAAGUCAAUCCAUCAAGGCAGGCUGUGUGCCAUCAUUGGUGGAGAUUGCACUCCGCAGCUGCUAUUCCACCUCGCAGCUGUCCGAGCUCCAGUACUUCAUCCCCGAGGGCUUGCCCCAUCUCCGCGAGCUUCUGGAAAGAGCAACGAAGCAAAAGGACAUGGGUGGCGUUGCGUGCUCCCACUGCCGCAAGUUGAUCAUCGUGCCGUCUCUCGAGUGGGUAGAGUGGCGCGAAAUCAGGACACGCGAGGUCAACGGCAACGCCGUGUCAGAGCGGCCUUUGAGUUUGGCGGAGGGCGAGCAGGCGGUUCCGUUUUUGCACAGGGCUUGCUCGUGGAAGUGCGGGCCCGGUGCUUGA